AUGGGUAGUGAGGAUAAUUUAAGUAAAGUUCCUGUAAUCAUUAAGGCAAAAAAUGGACUAAUCCAAAUUAAUGCUGAAAUUCAGGAUACACAUCCUUUAGGAUCAACAAAAGGAAAUCUAUAUGGUCUAGGAAAAACACCAUAUCAUGAUUAUUUUACCCAUACAAAUGAAGAAAGAUUACAAUUUGUGACGGGUGUGCUAAAAAAUUUAAAUGUUACAUGUAAUUUUAUAUUUGUUGGUCAUUCAAGAGGUUCUGAGAAUGCUUUAAAAUUAGCAACACUUCUAGCACCUAGUACCAUUGGGACAAUUUUAAUUAAUCCAUUACCAGUAUUACCAUAUCGUGGCCUACGAGAAAAUUAUUGGUUUAUUAAAUUUUUUGGAUUUGUUUUAAAUUUUCGUGGUACAUUACAUUAUAUUUUUUCAAAAAUUGCUCUUACUUGUUAUAAUUGGUUAUAUUCAAAAAAUGAAACUAAUGCAUAUGUUGUUGGUAGUUUUUAUCAAUGUAUGUCAACAAUAAACCUUCGUGAUCAAUUGCCUUUUAUUGAUAAAUUUAACACGCAAAAAACAAAAUUGUUAAUAACAUAUGCUGGAAACGAUUCACAAAUUGAGACAUUAGUAUCUAAAGAUUUUGUUUCACGUUUUGAAAUAGAUAAUGAAAUGAUUGUAGAUGAAAAGACACCUGACGACUUAGCAAAAUUUAGAAUGAUGACGUUUUAUCAGAAUGGUAUGACAAAACUUGGAUGUUUUUUUAAAGCUGGAAAUCAUUAUUUGCAAAAGUGCAAAGCAGAUUUUUUAGUUUUUGCUGUUUUGUUAGUUAAAAUAUUUAUCGUUCAUUUUUGUAUUAGAAAACAUUUUAAACUAUUAUACUAUUGUAAAUUGUUAUUAUUUUUUUUUUUUUUGAAACAACUAAUAAAAUAUGAAGGAAGAACGUCUGGAAUUUUUGUGACUGUUUAUUUUGUUGAAGCAAUAGCUGGAUUUUAUAUAACCACAAACAUUGUAAAUAUUGAAAGGCAAUUUCAAAUUCCAUCAAAGAUAUCAGGAACAAUGGUUUCUGCAUCAGAUUUUGGUUACAUACCUAGUGUUAUAUUUGUUUCUUAUUUAGGUUCUAAGGGUAAUAGAGCAAAAUGGAUUGGUAGUGGAUGUAUGUUAAUAGGAUUAGCAAAUCUAAUGAUUGCCUAUUCACAUUUUUUAUUUCCAAGUGAAAAUAUGAAUUUAACUUCUCAGGCCAUAGAAACAGGAAUGGAAAGAGAUUUUAGAAGAUUAAAAUAUAAUAACAUUAAAGUUAAUGAUUUUUUAAAAUUUUUUACCAAUGAAUCAAACUCAAAUUUAGAUGAAAAAUUUAUAAACACAAAAAGCAAAUUUUUAAAUGUAUUAAACAUAAAAAAUAUUUCAAAUCAAAAUUUUAUCACAAAUGAAAUAUCUGAUAAUAUUUUCCAGUAUAAAAAUGAAAAUUUGUACAAUAGUCCAGUACUUAAAGUAUUAGAGUCCUACUUAUCCUAUUGUAAUAAUAAUAAUGAUAAGAAAAAUUUAAAUUGUGAUAAAUUAUUUCGUUUUUUAAAAAAGUAUAAUUCUGUAACACCAAAUCAACUAUCUGACUUUCGACAACUUGUCCAUUCAUCUUAUGCUUUUUGUGAUGCUCCAAUAAAUAAAUUAAGAAAAACAGUUAAACAAUUAAAAUGUAAUCAAAAUUUUUCUGCCAUUGGUCCAACUGUAUUAAUAUUUAGUGGAUUAUUUAUAUUAGGUAUUGGUAGAACUGUCCCAUUUAGUUUAGGAUUACCUUUGAUGGAUGAUAAUGUUAAAAAAAAAAAUUUACCACUUUAUUUUGCUAUAAUGUUUUUAAUUAGAGUCCUCGGUCCAAGUUUAGCUUUUGCAUUAGGUUCCAAAUUAAAUCAAUAUUAUUAUCAAUCUGAAAUACCACCUGGUAUGGGUGUAAGAGAUCCAAUGUGGAUAGGAAAAUGGUGGUUAGGUUUUGUAAUUAUUGGUAUUUCACUUUUAAUUCCAUCAGCUAUAAUGUUUUUUUUUCCUACAUCUGAAAAUAAAGAGGAGGAUGGAAAUGAGAUGGAAUUAAAAAGAUUAAAUGAUAAUGAGAUGGAAAAAAAUGUGACUUCAAAACCAAAACUACAUUUAUUUGAUAAAAAUUUAAAGAAAAAUGAACAAACUCCAAUGUCAUUUGGUGAAAAAAUAUCAGAUUUCAAGCAAGCUAUACUAGAAUGUUUUAAAAUGCCAGUUUUUAUUUCAGCAACAUUUGGCAGGUGUAUUGAUGUUUUUGCAUUUAAAGGUUUUUUUAUAUUUAUGAAUAAAUAUCUAGAAAUUCAAUAUGAUAUUCCACAAUAUCUUACAAAUAGAUAUAUAGGUGUAAUAUUUGUUAGUGGUUUUGCUACAGGAGCAAUUCUUGGAUCAAUUGUAAUGAAAUUAGGUAAAUUAGAAGGUAGAAAAGCAGCUUUAUGGGUUGGUGUUUGUAGUGGUAUUGCUGCAUCUAUGACAUUUAUGAAUACAUUAACUGGUUGUGAAAGUGUUAUAACAAAAUUAUCUGAAGCUGGCUCAUUAAAUAAUUUCAAUUUUACAAAUAAUUGUAUUAAUUCAUGUGUAUGUGAGAAUGUUCCUUUGUAUCCUGUAUGUGAUGAAUUUGGAAAAGCAUUUUAUUCUCCUUGUCAUGCUGGUUGUAAACCAUACUACAACUCAUCUGGAUAUGUUGAAAUUUCAAAACAUGACAUUGGAUCAGAUAUAGUAUUUAAUGAUUGUAGUUGUACAUUAUCACAAUCAACUAAAGUAUCUAGAGAUUUUUGUAAAAAUGAUGAAUGUGAAACAAAUUUAAAAUACUACUUUUUAAAUAUGGGUAUUGGUGGCUUUUUUGGUGGUUUAGGUGUUGUACCUGCUGUUUUAAUUAGUUUACGAUCAGUUCCCUCACAGCAUAGAUCUAUUGCCUUAGGAUUUCAAGGUUUUGUUGUAUCAUUAUUUGCAACAUUACCUUCAUCACCAGCUUGGGGUACAUUAAUUGAUAAAUUUUGUAGAAUGUGGAAUGAUACAUGUGAUGGAAAAGGAAGUUGUAUAUUUUUUGAUACUCAUAAUUUAAGAAUAUAUCUACAUACAGUUUAUGGUUGUAUUAGAAUAUUUAGUUUGAUAUCUGAUGUACUGGUAUUUAUUUAUGCCAAAGAUUUAAAACUUUCAGAAGGAUUAGAUGAUAUCGAGAAUAAUGAAGAAGGAGUCACAGAGACUGCGCUAGAGAUUACAAAUGAGUUAUAA